UUUCGUUCGAACUUAUGCAGCUUUCGGAUGAUAUUGUAACAAUUGAUUACAGCGAACUUUCGCGCCAAGUGAAAUGAACUUUAAUAAAAACGUGAAUUAUUAUCAAUAAAUCACUCAAGAAAACAACAAGGAUCGAUUAAAUUCUCUAUUAUGUAUUCAGUAUCUCCUUCGUAAGAUGUACGUUGACAACUUGGUGACUGAAUUUUACAACGUUAUUCUCAAACAAAAAGUCUUAAUAUUCGUCAAUUACGAUAUCGAUGCGAUCUGCGCAGCUAAAAUACUGCAAGCGAUAUUCCGCUACGAUUCCAUUGUUUAUACGCUGAUACCAGUUAGCACUAUUUCGGAUCUGAUAGUCGCCUAUAAUGAACAUAAGCAAGAUGUUAAAUACGUAGUGUUGAUCAAUUGUGGCGGUACGAUAGAUAUCGUUGAAAUUCUCGAACCCGAAGAACACGUAAUAUUUUUCGUAGCCGAUAGCCACAGACCUACGGAUGUUUGUAAUGUGUACAGUAGUUCGCAGAUUCGAAUGCUUUGUAAAGCUGGUACCGACGAAGAAGUGCCUAAUUUCGAAGAUAUCUUCAAAGAUGACGACGAUGACGAAGAUGAAGAAAACGAAAUUGAUGAUUCCGAUGACGAUGGCAACGUCGAAAGUCAAGCUUCGAAACGUGCCAGAUUAGACGAACAAACGUUGAUGAGAAGACGCGAGAAACGAUUAUGGGAAGAGAACAGAAAAAGGAUAUUAUUCGAAUACGUUCAGUUCUCCUAUUACAGUCGUUCUAGUUCGAUUUUAAUGUACGAGUUAUCGUGGCAGAUUCAUAGAGAUAAUAUAGAUUUAUUAUGGUGGGGUAUUGUAGGCGUUGUCGAACAAUUCAUCUUAGGCAAAGUAGAAAUUCUUCAAUAUUUGAACGAAAUCGAAAGAAUAUCAGCUCAUGUUGGCCGACUGUGUCCUCACGUUCAAGAUCACGGUUCUGAUAUCGCAUCUCAAUCUCAAAGUUCCAAUGCUGGUUCUACCGCUAGUCGGACAUCGUUAAGGAUAGAUUGCGAAAAAGAUUUGCAGCUGGCUCUGUAUAGGCAUUGGACGAUCGAAUCUAGUCUACGUUACACUAUGUUGACUGCAGUUGCUCUGAAAUUAUGGGCUAUCAAAGGAGAGAAACGAUUACAGCAGCUUCUUGCCGAAAUGGAGUUACCAUUGGCCGAAAGUAGGCAACAAUACUCAGCGAUGGAUUUGCAUUUAAGAAAAGAAUUCCAUUCGAUGAUGGAGAAAAUCUCAGUUGCUCGUAACCUGGAACAUGUUACUUAUCCGUCCUUUACUCUUAUACAAGGUUUUAGAACCAAAUACCAAGCUGCCGAUUAUGUUUAUUCAAUGCUCGCUUUAUUAUCGAAUACUAGUCGAAGUAAAACCACUUCCGAAUGUUUUUACGAAGCUAUGGAUUGUCUAUCUCGGUCGAAAAAAGAUCUCUUGGACGAAGGAAUAGAAAAAUCUAAAAAAUUCCUCGGCUAUAUGUUUCGUCACGUUCAAAACUCUCUCGACAUGAGACAAAUAAUCAGCGCCGGACCUUUCCUUUAUUACGUUAUUCAAGAAGGCACACUGAACGCUAAAUAUUAUUCGAAUCCAGAUUGUUUGUGGGUCUUGGCGAAUUUCGUAUUGAAAGCUUACGUGGCGUCUUCGCGAAAAAGCAAAACUGCUCGGUUACCUUUGAUAGCAUCAGCUCCGCUGGAAGAAGGGUAUUGUUUAAUUGUUGGUGUUCCUCCGGUCGCUGAAACAGCGCCGAGAAGUUUAUUUGGCAAAGCUUUCGAGCAAGUUGCGGAGAAAACCGGAUGUUCUGUAGCUUUAGAUUAUUUUGAUUCCACUGUGAUGAAAAUACAAACAGUAGACCGACCAAAAAUAUUCGACGCACUGACCGUAUUGUUAAGUUGAUGUUUUUAGCAUUGAUUUUUAGACUAAAAUGUACUUACGUGAAAUUUUGAAUUUUUUUGUUUUGUUCUUUUCAAAGACUUCGUGUUGUAUGUAUUAUUUCUUAUUUCUACGCCUACUCUGAAAAGACUUCAUUUCGAGUUGUGUUGAUUUUCAAAAUCGACUCGAUUCUGUGUUCUUCGUUGAUAACUUGUAAAUUUUCUCGUUCAAUUAUGAUUGUAUCUUUGUAAUUUAUUUUUCUGUACUGAUGAAUUUGAAAUUAGCAAUUUUUUGUAAUGUAUUAUUUUAUUGGAUGUAUAAAAAAUAUUUACUUGUAA